AGUCUGUGAAGAUGAGUGCACGCAAACUACUUAGCACAUUGCUAUUGUGCGCCGUGGUAAGCCGUGUGGCCUAUGGUGCUAGCCUCGAAGCCGCAGCAGCACAAAACAGCAUCUCUGUCAACAGCGACCACACCGAGCCUGAACUGGCAGUAGCCGCAGAGCAACAGGGUCAACAUGAGCCAAGCCAGCCAGGUGGCGAGUCAGCUACACAUAUCCGUCAGAAACGAGCCACCAGCGGACCCUGCCGGCGUACUUCGGUCACAGUCGGGAGGCAACUACUGGAAGGCAUCGUCGGGUACAACAUCGACGGCCCGGCAACGUUCCCAGUGGCCUAUUGCACUGGUGGCUGUACUCUGGGAUUGCCACCUUACCCUGUGGUGAACAGCACUCACCACGCCCUACACGAGUACUUCCUUUUCACCCAGAGUCCACGCAAAGUGAGAAACCUGGCGUGUGUGCCGAGCGCGUACAAGCCAGUGCAGAUCAGGUUCCAGGCUGGAUCGCCUUACGCUUACAACACGGGCUACUACAACCUAGAUGUGGUUGGUUGCCAGUGCGUGUAGAGGGAAUACAAGGUGUGCGCGCCUGUGUGUUUGGGGAGGGGGGAGGGUCGUGCGCGGACAUGUGUGUUUCUGUGCGCGCGUGCGCAUGUGUAUAAUGUGCAUGUGUAUGUGUGUGUAUGCGCGUCCGUGUGUAUGUGCGUACGUGUGUUCGUGCGUAUGUAUGUAUGUAUGUAUGUAUGUAUGUAUGUACGUGUGUGUUGGUGCAUGCGUGUGUGCGCGUGCCUGUGUACCUCCUCGGGAUGUCAUCAAUUUUCUCUAUUGCAUUCGCUGACUGGUAUGCAUUUCCCAUGUUUGGCCUUUUCACCCGUGCUCCGAGUUGAUAACGUGCUCGUUCCCACCCCACGCCUCAUACGCGUCCUGCGUCCUUAGUCCUUAUUUCUUUCGCUGCUACAUUGUGUGUCGUGUAACUAAUACUUGCAUGAAUCCCUUUUUGCGGCAUAUGCCACUAGGCAGGCGCGGCGCGACACGGCCCCUUCCAUCAUACAAUCACAUGACAGUUUAUGUUCCACGUACAUGUACAGGUACCUGGACUUCAA